CCAUCUUGGGGACCUAAAUUCCAAACCCAUCUUUCAUUCUUCUUCAUUGUUUUUGGUAUCGAAAUCCAGAGAGAAAGAGAGAGAGAUGGGUAGUUUGGGAAACAGUGCAAACUCCAAAGCGGUACAUGAAGCUGGAGAAGAUGAUUAUGAUCACCACAAGCACCUUUCUCCUACUCAUCAACAGCUCGAUGCUGGUGCUCUCUUUGUUCUUAAAUCCAAAGGAUCAUGGCUGCACUGUGGUUACCACUUGACCACAUCAAUUGUUGCACCACCGCUUCUCAGCCUCCCAUUUGCAUUCACCUUCCUCGGAUGGGCUGCCGGAAUUAUAAGUUUGGUGGUCGGAGCUUUGGUCACUUUCUACUCUUACAACUUGCUGUCUCUUGUCCUUGAACACCAUGCUCAAUUGGGUCGCCGACAUCUUCGCUUCAGAGACAUGGCCAAUGACAUCUUGGGGCCAAAAUGGGGUCGGUACUAUGUUGGGCCAAUUCAAUUCAUGGUCUGCUAUGGUGCUGUAAUUGCUUGCACUCUUCUGGGAGGACAAUGUAUGAAGGCAAUUUACUUGCUAUCACAACCAAAUGGGAGUAUGAAGCUUUACGAAUUCGUUAUUAUAUUUGGGUUCUUGAUGCUGGUUUUAGCUCAAAUCCCAUCUUUUCACUCACUAAGGCAUAUUAAUUUGAUAUCCUUGUUUCUAUGCCUUGCCUAUAGUGCCUGUGCCGCUGCUGCUUCCAUAUAUAUAGGGAAUUCUUCAAAGGGACCAACAAAGGAUUAUGGCCUGAAAGGUGACGCCGAAAGCCAAAUUUUCGGAAUAUUCAAUGCUAUCGCCAUUAUUGCCACAACUUAUGGCAAUGGUAUCAUUCCAGAAAUUCAGGCAACAAUUGCACCACCGGUGAAGGGGAAGAUGUUCAAAGGGUUAUGUGUUUGUUACACGGUACUUAUCAUUACUUUCUUCACUGUUGCCAUCACUGGUUAUUGGGCAUUUGGCAACCAUUCUGAAGGCCUUUUACUCAGUAAUUUCUUGGAUGAUGGGAAUCCUUUGGUGCCAAAAUGGUUCAUCUUGAUGACCAACCUCUUUACUAUUCUCCAACUAUCAGCAGUUGGCGUGGUCUACUUGCAGCCAACAAAUGAAGUGCUGGAAAGAACAUUUGCAGAUCCAAAGAGCAAAGAGUUGUCUGCCCGUAAUGUUAUCCCGAGGGUAGUCUCGAGAUCACUAUCUGUUGUUAUAGCCACGACAGUUGCAGCUAUGCUUCCUUUUUUUGGAGACAUCAAUGCCGUCAUUGGAGCUUUCGGUUUCAUGCCCCUUGACUUCAUCUUACCUGUCAUUUUCUUCAACUUGACAUUUAAGCCGUCGAAGCGGAGUCUUGUUUUUUGGUUGAAUGUUUCCAUUGCAGUGGUUUUCUCUGCACUGGCAAUUAUAGCAGCCAUUGCAGCAGUCAGACAAAUAGUUCUUGAUGCCAAAACUUAUCGAUUAUUUGCUAAUGUAUGAUAUAAUCCAACCAAGUUUAUCAAUGGCUGGCCUUAUAUUUAGUCGAUCCCUCGUUAAAAGUAAAGGAGGGAGAGCCUGUUGUGCCAUCACAUGUUGAUUGAAUUCAGUGAAAUUGCAGAAAGAAUCAAAUAUUUGAUUUAAA